AUGACAUCUCCGGAAGCGUCGCCACAGCCGAUGGUGCCAGAUACUCAUCCAGAAGAGGAGGAUGAUCCUGGUUACGAGUCGAACACGGAGCAAAGCGACACCACAUCCAUCCGCUCCUCCGUCUUUGAAUGGGUUUAUGAAAACGGUCGACGUUAUCACAGCUACCGUCCUGCGCAAUAUGUGCUUCCAAAUGAUGAAGAAGAGCAAGACCGUCUCGAUCUCACCCACCAUCUGUUCACCCUUGUCCUGCAGGGAGAAUACUGUGUCACUCAACUGAAUAAUCCACAAACCAUUCUUGACAUCGGAACAGGCACGGGUAUAUGGGCCAUCGACAUGGGAGAUCUCCAUCCUUCCGCAGUUGUGAUUGGAACCGAUUUGUCACCUAUUCAGCCGCUAUGGAUCCCUCCUAAUGUCCGCUUUGAGGUUGAUGAUGCGAACGAUGAAUGGACAUUCCCUGAGAAUCAUUUCGAUUUUAUCCAUGCCCGCACCGUAUGUGCUGGCAUCAGAGAUUUUCCGGCACUUCUGGCCAAAUGUCACACCCACUUAAAACCUGGCGGAAAAAUUGAGGUAUCUGAGGGCAGAGCUAAUUUCUUUUGCGACGACGAUACUUUUCCUCCUGGAAGUUAUACUAGACAAUGGCUUGACGAGUUCCAUCGCACGGCUCAUUCAAUCGGUCUCGACAUUGAUCAUAUUCCGAAAGUCCCACAAGAGCUACAGGACGCCGGUUUCACAAAUAUAUCCAUGAUUCAAAAACAUGUUCCGGUUGGGCCGUGGCCGAGAGAAAAAUCACUAAAGAUCAUUGGCAAAAUCUUUCGAAGUCAAUUUCUGGACAGCGCUCUCGAGGCUUACUCACUCAAGCUGCUUUGUGAAGUUGGAAAAUGGUCACUUCCCGAAUUCCAAGUUCUUUGUGCGAAAGUAAGGAAUGAGAUUGCGGAAAAUAAAAUGCAUAUCUACACUUUCUGUUCAUUUGUUACGGCAGAGAAACCCUCCAGUGGAUAG